GAGCCGGCCGAGCUCGUGCCCAUCGACGUGCCACCAUCCCAGGGUGUGGGCCAGGCAAUGAAGAUCCGACCGUUGUGGCAGGUGAAGCUUCCCAAGGCGGUCAAGGCAUGGCCUGUUUAUGCGGCGCCUUCACGCGAGUCGCAGGGACGGCGGGCCAUGAAGGAUGGAGAAGUUGUCGAACAAGUUGCUCUCGACCCAUCGGGUGCCGGGUGGGUGCAACACCAGGCUGGAUGGAGCCCAUGUCGGAUGGUUGUCGUCGGGCAUGA